GCUAAUCAGUUUGUUUUUACCUAACCUUAAAUAUUUUUAAAUUUCUUCUCAAUCCUUACAUGAUUAUUGUUGUUCAGUUUUAGUUGAAAAUAGAUGUGGGUUUAGUUUCAAAGACGAUCCAAAAAAAAUGUCUAUCCGAAGCAAUAAAAGCACGGAAAAUACGUAUUUCGUGGUGGAAUAUAGUCGUACUUUCAAGCACUUAUUGGAGGAAGCCUUUAAGAUACAACGGAUCAAGUUCACUGCCUAUGAUGCCAGUAAACAUUAUAUUGUGUUCGGUGCCAAUAUUGGAAGCUUGUAUGCUUACCAUAUAGAAAACAUCACUAAGUGUAUCAAAGUCCUUCCUAGUAAUCUGGUUAAACCCAUAACUGUGAUAUCCAUCUCACCAAACGAGGAUAACAUCCUAUUUUCUGACGAGACUGGAUCUAUAAUGAUAUUUGAGAAAUGUUUCUCUGAAAAACUGUAUCAAACUCAUAUUUUUAAUCAGCAAAAAGGAAAAACAAUCACAGCUGUGCAAUGGGAAGGUAACAAUAAAGCUUAUAUUGGUGAUAGUGAAGGGACAAUAGCUGUGUUAUCUAUUAAGAGUAAACUAAUGCUUUCGUUACUACACACACCUUAUGUCUCACUCAUGGAUUUACAUUCUAGAGUGAUUCAAAUAGAUGUAUUAUCGCCAUUAUUGUUAAUUUCAACUGAUAAGAAAACCUAUAUUUGUAACCAAGAACAAGAAAGAUAUAAACAAGUAGGCACCCAAGAAACAGCAAAAGGCUAUGGGGCAUGUUUUUUGUGCAACGCCAGAGGAGUCAAUUUAUAUUGCAGUCGGCCAGGUUUGAGGUUAUGGCAGGCUAAUGUUGGAGGUGAUGUUUUCUCAACCCAGAAAUAUAAGGGUGUUAAUUCACUUAUAACAGAAAUAUUGAGGUUUGGAGAAGGAACCAACGACAGUUUACAAGUUGAGAAAUUGAAUACGCCUAAUGAAGAAAGACUUAAUUUUGGAAAAGUCCAGAUUUUUUCUGAGAAAUUUCUGUGCAUCACAAACUCUGAAAAUAUUUACAUCGUAGAUCCAGAAGAAAGAAAGAUAAUUUUUCACUAUUUUAGCAAUCAACCUAUGGACGUACGGUUGGUUAAAAAAAAAUUAUUCAUUAGGUUUUCCUCGGGGAAACUCCUGAUACUGAACCUGUAUAAAUUCGAGGAACUUAUGGACGAGAUAUACUUUAAAAAACAAUACAGCGCAGGAAUUCGCUUCCUUUUAAGAUACCGAAAGACAACUAUGGACUGGUUGAAGCAUUCGCCAAAUGUUAAGUUAAUAACGAAUUUAGAACAAAAUAUGUCUGAAAUUGACGAGGAAUUGGCGCAGCAAUUCACGAACCUCCUGAACGAAUUCAAGAAAUGGGAAGAGGAAAGUCUGAGGGAGUUCUUAGAAGUGGAGGAUCCGAAAAUUGAAUAUUCCAACCAAGAGCCGAAAGUGGAACAAACAGAACAACUGAGCGAAGAAAUGGAACUGAUGUGCAAAAAAUACGAACUGUUCGAAAGUUGCAACGUGAUAUACAUGCCCCAAUUCUCCGCAAUGUUGUCAAAAUUGAACGAAGACGAAAUGGCUCAAAUCUUUUUCGAUUUCAUCGAUUAUAAAAAAUCGAAAGAUGUCGAGGUGGAGAUGUAUUGGUGUUACAAGGAGUACCUUCAUCAUUUCGACCUGAAAAGGGGCCACAAAAAAUUGGUUCAGUUGAAAAAGGAGACUGUGGAUUUUUUAAAAGAAUGUUAUGAGAAUGUGGAAGCCGGUAUCAAAAUCGACUCGUGCUCAAACUCAAAUUGCACAUUCCCUUUACCAAACUCAAAAACCGGUUCUCCAAAGUAUGAUAAAAUCGGGAAAGCACUCAUUAAAUAUUGCGAAGACGAGAUUUUAUUGAAGAAGAAACCGUACUUGUGGCUCCACAAGUUGAACCAAAUAACGACAAAUAAAGAUCUACAAAUUAAUUUGCCGGUCAUACUCCAAUUUGGGUACAUCAGCAUCUUCCAAAAAUUCAAGAAACACAUAACUUAUAACUUUUGCUACGACCUGGUGAAGCUGUUCCUGGAGUUGAAAAAGGGAAAAUGUUUGAACUGCGGAACAGAUUUUGAUGUCUCGUACUCUGAUCAUAUUCCGGAAUGGGAAAAAUUGGGUCUAGCCCUGGUACCACUGAUUGGAGCCGAUAACGUCUUGAGGAUAUUCUCGGAUUUUCAACGGCACAUUCCAAAAGACGCAUUGACGGAUAAGUUCUAUUUGGCGUGCGUGUUUUCAGAGAUUCGCGCCAAGGAACAGACUGCGGAAAAUUCAAUACAAAUGGCUCUCAACUUCCUCAACAGUGCCAACACACAGGCAGAGUUCAGAGACACCAUGAGUACAUUCCUAAUGGGCAAAGUCGAUAAAAAUAACGUCCAAGCUACAGUUAUAAAGAAGGAACUCACCUGCGGUUCUUGCAGACACUGCGAAACACCGUUACAACAUCCCGUUUUGAAACAGAUACGACAACUGGAAUGUGGUCAUGCUUUUCAUGCAAUCUGUACGCAUUUCCACAAUAACAUCUGUACCAUUUGCACCCCGAAUCAAUAAAUCAUUCCGUUUUCGUGAUCAAUUUCGUAUACCGAACCUUGUAAAUGAAAAUUUGAAUAUUAUGUAAAAAUAUAUUUGUAGAAAUAUAUAUGUAUACAAAAAAAAUACUGAUCGAAUUAUUCACAGCCGAAAAUAUCACUGAAUCCAGUCUUUCAUUUUGUACAAGUGUUACGAAAUUCACUAAUUGAUAAGAGAGCUCUAUCGAGUGGACAUUAAACAAAUGAUGGAAUGAAUCAAAAUUACAGUGAGACUUGGCACGUAAAAUCAUGCCAGAAAAAUCAUAACUGAAUUCGAAACAAAACUUUUUGGAGACAUCAAGCAGAAAUUCUCAUUUAAACAGCCUUAAAAUGUAACUCCAGCGAAAGAUUUGCGAACCUUAGGUCAAAUUCUGCCUGAAAGUCAUUCAAGUAUAAAACAAUAUAUAAAAGUGAAGAUGCCGAUAAAUAUUUUACAUGAAAUUCAAUAGUAACUUCACAAAUGACUGAAUCGGCUAACUAUAGUAAUAUUCCUCUAUUCUUUCUGAUAAUUAAUAAUUACUUUACAACAAAAACUUUACUGGAACAACUGAGAGAAUUCUUUGGAAUAAAUAGAAGAAACUCUACACAGUAAAGUUUCGAACAAGAAAAAAGUUUCUCAGCAUGUAAGAUUAUCGAAAAUAUCUGCGAACUGUUCUUUUAAACCUUUUAACAUUUGAUAAUAUAAAAAUAAACGUUAACAAACUCAUCAAUCAUCAUGAAAGAGACAUUAAUAUCGUAUUGAAACAUCAACAUCACGACAUGGUUAUGAAAUCAACAAAAACUCAAUUAUCAAGGAAUAUUACCAACGAGAGUUUGGUCUAAUCCCCAAUAUCUUGAGUUUUAAAGAUUUUUAAGAAAAAUUAUUGGAAACCCCUUUCCAAACAGUAUUACAAACCACUUAAAAUAGGCAUUGUGGAAAUAAGUAGAAAAAUCGAUUAUACUAAAAAAUCAAUCAUAACAACCCCUCAAAAGACCUCAAUUUGAAAGAAUACCCUCAGUAAAUCUGCUAACACUACCAUCACCAUACAGAGAAUUUUUUAAACUCACACUGCAAGUCAUUUUGUAUGGUAUAGGAACAAUUUUCGAUUCUGUACAAAACAAAGUAUUUAAAGUGACAAGAAAACCAAAAUCUCAACUGGAUUUCACUUGAAACAAUAAAACAAGUUUCGAUUUACAACAAUAAGAAUAAAAAAGUAAUUUUGACCACAUAAGAAAUCAAAGAAAUAAAAUACACAAGAAUAGACCACAAUGAAAAAAGAAUAAAUGCAAAAAAUAGUUUAAAAUUUUAUGAAUAUACUUACUUGGUUUUAAACAUAGAUGAUUUUGCAGUAAAACAUAAAUUUUACUGAUAAAAGAAAUUCAGGUCAACUCAGCAUCCUAGAAUGUAACAUUCAUCCAUUUCAACAAUUGAUUCUUGAUACAAUCAUAAAUAUAUUACAUUUUUGGCACUCUAAUUGUGCAAUCUUAUCAGUUUUUUUUUUAAUGAGAACUCAAACAUGUUGUAAAAAAUUUGUGACGAUAAAUUUUAUUGAGUUGACUCAUUCAUACUUGGAAAAAUAUAAACGUCAUGAGUAGUUACAAAUAUACUCGGUCAACAAUCAUUUCUGAGCUCAAACGAAAUUGAAAAUUUACAUAAAUCAAAUGAAUUGUUGUUGAAAAACAAUGAUCUUAAAUAUAAUCACAAUUUUCCCUAGACCAUAUUAAACUUAAAAAAAAUUGAUUAAUAAGGAACAAUAAACUUUACUCUUAUUCAUUAAAAAUUAGUUCAGUUUAGCAGUUGGGUUCAAUGAGAAUAUUGUAAUGAAUAUUUUUCCCAGAGAAACAAUUUAAUGCAAACUAUGUGUUUUUUGUGGAUUAGUAUCAUAAUCAAAAAGAUUAAUCAUUAAUAUUAUUGUGUAUAAUUCAGAAAAUACAAAAGUUAGAACUACACAUUUCUCCCUGUGAAUCGUUAAAAAAUCAAAUAGUGACUCACUUGAACAUUCUCAACAGAAUAAAGCAGGGAUAAAUGGUGGACAAGGCAGUAACAAACUAAAUUGCUUUUAUUUCUCCCUGUUUAGGAAUAAUCGAAAUAGAUUGGUCUUAAAGUAAAACAACAAAUCAAUGUUCUGAAUCAUAUUUUCAUUCUCUAAAAACCAUACAAUCUUGAACCAUUUGCAGCCGUCUUCUUUCUUCCAUUCCAGAUUUUCUUCAGGAAAUCAACUAUUUUGACUUACUUAAAUUCACAAACAUCAAGAGUAAACGUAAAUUCUAUACCUUCUAAAACGUAAGACAGUAAUAUAUAUAUUUUUUUUAAAUCAAAUUAGUAUUUUUUUUUUACUUCAGAGAAGAACUGAUAGUCGAGUCAGUGACGUGAACGGUGAGUUUCAUCCCUUCUAUCCCUUUCUCU